CGAGUGGCCGCCGCCUGUGCAGUGGCCAGCACCAGCAUCGUCCGGCCGGGUUCGUCGGGAAGCGACCGAAACCCUCCUUCGCAUUGCAACCAACGCCCGCCCCCAACCUCCGUUUUGACCGUCGGCGACCGCCGCGCCGCGCCACCGCCAUAUAUACAUCUCCCUCUCCCUUGCCCGCCGCGGCCGCCAACGUCGCCAGGGAAAUCCAACUCUGGUUCAUCCUCCUCCUCCCUCUGCCGCCGUCGUGGAGAUCCGGGUUGGCCCGCCCGGUUACCCGUCCCCGUCCCUCGCGCACGUCUCGCCCGUGAUUUUGCCUCCUUAACCCGACCGCCGGGAGCCGGAGGCGGCGGAGCGGGGGCGAUGGGGAUCGGGGCGGUGUCGGACGAGCUGCUGGGCACGUUCGUGCCGAUCGCCGUGUACUGGCUCUACUCGGGGCUCUACGUCGCGCUCGACGGGGUGGGGCGUCUCGACGGGUACCGGCUGCACACCAGGGAGGAGGCCGCCACUAAGAACGUCGUCUCCAGGGCCGCCGUCGUCAGGGGCGUUCUCCUCCAGCAGGUGUUCCAGGUUAUUGGUGAUGAGAGUGGUAUUGGACAGAAGCAACCUCCUGCUCUUAUAAUAGCGUUGCAGUUUAUAACUGCAAUGGUUAUUAUGGACACAUGGCAGUACUUCAUGCACAGAUACAUGCACAUUAACAAGUUUCUGUAUAAACACAUCCACUCCAAGCACCACACCCUUGUAGUUCCUUAUUCCUUCGGAGCUCUAUACAACCACCCUCUUGAGGGCCUUAUUCUGGACACCAUUGGUGGUGCACUCUCAUUCCUUGUCUCUGGUAUGACUCCGCGGACAGCCAUAUUCUUUUUCUCCUUCGCAACCAUCAAAACUGUGGAUGAUCAUUGUGGGCUGUGGCUUCCUGGUAACAUCCUCCAGGCGCUGUUCAACAAUAACUGUGCUUAUCAUGACAUUCACCACCAGCUCUAUGGCAACAAGUACAACUUUUCACAGCCCUUCUUUGUGAUGUGGGACAAGAUACUCGGAACUUACAUGCCCUACUCUAUUGAACAACGAAAAGGAGGAGGGGUCGAAUCAAGACCAGCUAAACUCGACUGAUUAGUACAUGCAUGCAUAGUUUCCGAUUCCUGUUUUGACUUGUCCAGUACUCAUGCCUUGUGGUACUGCUGACUGCGCAAACAAUGUAAAACUCACCCUGUUGCAUAACUUCAUAUAGCGAGACUGUUUUUUCUUCUCUACAUUUUUGGGGUUUAUUUAUAGGGGUGUUCUAUCUUGUAACAAGAUACAGUGAGUAAAGUACUGUAAUGUACCAAAGAAUGCUCAACACCACUUAGAUUUGUGUCCUGUGGAUUGAUCUGUUCUUCAAUCUGCCAUGUUGUUAACAAAGAAAGUUGGGCACAUGGCACUUCGUAUAGCCUUUGUUCA